GGGCACCUCCACCAUGAAGGCCCCGAGGAUCUCCGACGGGGACCGCCAGUGGGGCCCCCGGGAGCUCAACCCCGGCUUCAACGAGGUAGCUGGCCGCAGCUUGGCGAGGAAGGACUUCUUGGAGGGCCGCCCCUUCAUCGGCGCCUCCAGGGCGGAGAGGGGCGCGAGGGGUCAGGAGACCUCAGGCCCUUGCCACUUGCUGGGGCCCGACGAGAGAGGCUUCCUGGAGUGGAACGCGGUGGCCCCGCAGACCCAGUGCAACUGCCAAGAGGCCCUGGCGGAGUUCCAGAGUUCCGCAGCUGCUCGCAGCCUCCCGCUCGCGACCGCCGCGGGCGCCGACUUGGCGCUGACGAACUGCGCCGACUUCGCCUGGGGCACAGGGCUCGAGAGGGCCGUUUUGCUGAAGACCUAUGCCGCGUUGCUCUCGGAGCGCCCAGACACCCCCCGUCACGGCGCUGCUGGCCAGCACGAUCGCGACCUCGCGGCCCCGGAGGUGGCGAUCAGGAUAGUGGUGAUGUUCUGGGCCUACUUCAGGCCAAGCGAGGCCCUCGGCCACCGAGAGCAGGACGUCUUCCCCCCAGCGGCUCGCGCAAGCACUACGGUUCCAACCUGCGCCCCUCGGUCCGAGGGGGGCCUCGCGGACGAGAGCGUCCUCCUGGACUCGGUCGAGGUCCCGUGGCUGGGCCCGCUGGCGGCGAGGUGCCGCGCCGCCGCCCCGACGACGCUGCCCUUCGGCUCCAAGGAGCUUGGGCGGCCCUGGCGGCGCGCGCUGCAGCUCGUGCGCCCGGGGCGGCACUGCGCCCCCUACCAGCUCAGACGCGGCGGCCCGUCGCGCGACCGCCUGUGCCGGAUCUGGUCUCUCGCCGAGAUCAAGGGCCGCGGGCGCUGGGCCUCGGGCUACGGUAUGAAGCGGCACGAGGCGCGCGCGCUGCUGCAGCAGGAGCUCGCCGAGCUGGGCGCCGCCGCCCGCGAGCAGGCCGACGCGGCGCCCGACGAGCUCCACGGGGUGCCG